AUGGUUGUCGCGAAGCGGGGUCUUGCCCCUCCUGAGCCUGCUCGCACGAGCUCAACACAACAGGUCCAACGAGCCAGAGGCAAGCCACCCGUGGCAGCACCAAAUGGUCUUGAUAACAACCGUCCUAUAGCUGCUGGCCUAUCUCGAGAAGAGAGCGCCCAGAAACCGGAAGCAGUGGCGGCGAAUGGAGAAGGACUGUACAGGCUACAUCCUUGCGCGAAGUCCUGCUGGUUUCGCUCAUACGUCAGCUACUUCACGUCGAUACAACUCAGCUCUAGUGCCAGCAUGGAUGAAUCACCGUCAUCGAAGAAAGGGUCCAAGUCCAGGUCUAAGUCGAAGCAGAAGAAAAGUGGCAAGAAGGCGUCCCGCAAGAGUCACGGUCUAGUGGACUUCUUGUUCAAAGUCUUCGUCCUUUGCUUCUCAAUCUACACGUUCGCCAUAUGUCCGGAGGACGCUCGCAAUGAACGACCUGUCUGUCGAGCACUCUCAGAAUAUCGGCGACUCAUUCUGGAGCCCUAUGUGCUACCACCUAUCCAUUUGGCGUUGUCCCAUCCCUCCGUCGCACCCUAUGUCGAGAAAGCGAAGCCCUAUACCGACCGUGCAUACAACACAGCAAGGCCGGUCGCUCAAGGAAUCGUCCGUCAAUGGAAUUCUCGAAUCGCUCCGCAGUGGAAUCGCCACGUCGUACCGCAGUGGCGGCGACACGUCGUACCUCUGUGGUACCGAUAUGCUGUCCCUCAGAUCCUACAACUCGACGCCAAAGCCGCGCCCUACCGAACCCGCGUCACAGACGAAUAUGCACGUCGCGUGGUUCCCAUUGUGGAUUCUGUUGGUCCAUAUGCUCAACAGGCGGCACUGAACGCGCGCCGGUUGCGAGCCAAGGUACGGCCGUACGUGAUCACCGCCAUGCACAAGACCUACGACGGCUACCAAUGGAUCGCGCCAUACGCACGUCCUGCUUGGGAGAAGGUCAAGGCACUCGUCGCUCGAUUGAUUGCUUUCCUUGCCGACCAGAGAAGACAAUUCGUCGACCCACACGUCCGCAAGAUUUGGGAACGCGUCAAGGAGCUUAGUAGCGGGACGCCCAAGGUGCCGGCCGCUGCAGACGUACGCGCCUCCGUAUCAUCGCGGGUCUCAAGGGCCGCCGAGGGUGCAGCAUCAGUGGCAUCGUCGGUGAUGUCCUCGUCGACGCAUGCUCCCGACGUCACGUUCUCCGGUUCUCAGGCUUCUGACACUCCCAUCGUGGUGAAGCCGGAUGUGCUGACGGAAGACUUACUGCCUUCCACACCGGAGUCAAUAUCGCCCAAGUCAUUAUCUGAAGCCGCCGUCGACAUCACCGCAACUAUGGCGUCCGUCGCAAGUGAGGUCGCCAACGCUCUCGGUGACACUGCCUCCUCGGCCAGCGCUGCAGUUUCCGAGCCCGUGGCCAGCGUGUCGUCUUCAAUCUCCUCUCUCAGCGGCUCUGUCCUGCCCUCCGCGUCGGUGUCGGCGUUUGAGGCCGCUGAGUCUGUGUCGUCCCUGUUGUCGUCGGGUUCGGGCGUCAUCGGCUCCUCUGCAGAUCGUGCGGUCGGCGCGGCCUCGACGGCUAUCUCACACGGUUCGAAGGUCUUGUCAUCAUCUCUUCAGCAAGCCGCAUCCGUGGCGUCUCAUGAGUUCAUAAAAAGCUCUGCGAGUAGCGCCGCUUCCCCUGCCAUCUCGACGAUAUCCUCUGUGGCCGGUCGGGCCUCGUCUUCUGACGUCUCCGCGGCGCUAGCUGCUAGCGUUGUCCCGGAUAUCGAUCUGGAUGCUUUCGCCGCGGAACUUGGUCUCAAUGACAUUGCCGCGGAGCUUUCUGGCUCCGCAUCGGGCACCGCAACGGAGGCUCAUAGCGCGCCCGUCCCGAUGGACACAGAGACCGAAGAGGAGAAGGAACAACAGCGGCUCAGACAAUUGCAAGAGACUGCGGAGAAGCGUGCGGAUGUCGAGGCUCGUCACACCAAGUGGGAAGACGAACAAGCGGCGCUGAUCGGAGAUAGCAAGAGGUCGCUUCGCAGGGCUUUGGUUGCUCUGAGGAAGGCCGCCACCGCGGAGCUCAAGGAGUCCACCGAAAUCAGGGCGGAGAUAGAGAGCUUUGUUGCACGGGCGGAGGACCUCCUGAAGGGCGCUGAGAAAUAUCUGCAGACUCUCGUGAAGGAUCAGCGGCCAGACGAUGAGAAGCGACAGCUGCUCGAGCGUGUUUUGGAUAAGGUCAACGAGAAGUUCACCGAUCGCUUGGGCGAGACGGAAGCUGUCGUAAAUGGGUGGUACGCGCCCUGGCUAGACAAGGAACUAGCAGAGGUUCGUAAGGUUGCCGGAGCAGUCAAGGAUCAUGCGGAGAACGCGCAAGUCGACAUAGGCAUGGACUACGCCUAUCUGGACGAUACGACGUACCAAGAUUGGCAACGUUAUCACGACCUCGUUCGCAGGAGCGAGAACUUUACUACAGAGGCCCAGGCGAUGCAGGAUGGCUCUAGCACAUCCCCGCCUGCCAAUCCUCUCCUCAAGGAACUGAAGGCGAUACAGACCGAAGUCGAAGACGUCGUUUUAGGAUUCGAGACGCGUCUGCGUCGCAUCAGGCGCAAUAAUGCGCGUGCGUUUGGCGAGGGUGUGGAAGAGGAUAUGGUUGAUGCGGACGACGAGACCGUCUCUAUCCUGCCCAUUCAGGACGAGGACAAGGUUCAGUCGCCCGCGGAUCUCGAUGUUCCACCUGUUGUCAUUGGUCGGAGCAAAGAAGAGGUCAUGGACGCCCUUGACCGUAUUGUCGAGGCUGAUGGCGACGCAACGUCGUCUCCGCAAGCUACUGAGCGGCCAGCAGAUCCCGAAGUGGAGGUGAAGGGUCUGGCCGAGGAAAAUUUCACGGACCAGAGCGUUCCCACUGUCUCGCCGCUAGCACCUCAUGAAGAAUUGUGA